AUGUCCCACGAGCAAUCUCGCAGCACCGCGCUGCCUACCACCACCAGCACCACUCGUCUCGCCGAGAUUCUUGGCCUGCGCGAGCAGAUCUUUGGUAAGAUCUUCUAUGCCAUGACAUCCGGAUCGAUCACUAAUACUGCUCCUCGCCUACAGGCNAACGCCGCCGUCCUCUUCACCAACAGGGUCGAUCACAUGGACAUCAUUGUCACCAGCGCCGAGUGGCCCGAGAACGGUCACUACGGAGCUCGCCUGGUCGACAUCAGAGACUGCACUCUGCUUGUCGGCAGACUCUACGCCCCUUCUGUCCCUGAAGCUCUCGCCCAGCUUCUUCAGGAGACCUGCGACUGUGUUCGCGACUCCUUCGUGCUCUCCAACUACCGCUCCCAGUGA